AUGCCCUGUGUGCCGUGCUCCCCAAAUCUACUGUGGGCCCCUUUGCCGUGCGACGCCGUGGUGGCCGUUCCACUCGAGCAUUGCCGCUGCUUGCCGUGCCUCCCAUCUAUUGUGGCGUCCUUUAGCCGUGGACGCCGUGUAGGCCCAUCCCCACUCGCAUUGCCCUGCGUGCCGUGCUCCCAUCUACUGUGGAUAGUCACUUUUGCCUGGAAAGCCGUGUGGGUCGUCCCCACUCAGUGUUUGGUCACUGCUUGCCCUUGCUCCCAUCUACUGUGGAGCUCCCUGUAUGCCUGGACAGCCGUGUGGUGCCGUUCCCCACUACAGCUUGCAACUGCUUGCUUGGCUCGCCAUCGUACUUACUGUGGAGCCCCUGUUGCCGUGGACGGCCGUGUGGCCAUUCCCCACUCGCAUUGCCCUGCUGUGCGUGCUCCCAUCCUACUGUGCAGUCCCAUUUGCGUCGUGGAACCCCGUGUUGGCCGUCCCACCUCAGCAUUGCCUGCUGCCGUGCUCCGCAUCUAUUGUGGAGUCCCAUUUGCCGUGGACGCCGUGAUGGCCGUCCCCAUCUCGCAUUGCCUCUGCGUGCCGUGCUGCCAUCCUACUGUGGAGUCCCUGUUGCACCGUGGACGCCUUGUGGUCGUCCCCACUCAGCAUUGCCCUGCUGUGCCUUGCUCCCAUCUACUGUGGAGAGUCCCUUUUGCCGUUGGACGCCGGUGCGUCGUCGCCACCUCAGCGUUGCCUUGCGUGCCGUGCGCGCCAUACUACUGUGGAGUCCUGUUGUGCUCGUGGACGCCGUGUGUGCCAUCUCCCACUCGCAUUGCCCUUGCUUGCCGUGCUCACCAUCUAUGUGGAGGCCCUGUGCCGUGCGACGCCGUGGUGGCCGCACACUCGCAUUGCCUGCGUGCCGUGCUCCCAUUCUACUGUGGAGUCCCUAUUUGCGUUGACGCGCUGUGGCCGUCCCCCACUCGCAAAUUGCCUGCGUGCCCGUGCUCCCCAUCUACUGCUGGACCCUUUUGCCGGGGCGACGGCCCGUCACGCGUGCGGCCAUCCCCACUCCGCAUUGCCUGCUCGUGCUCCAUCUACUUGGAGUCCGCUGUUGCCGUGGGACGCCGUGUGGUCCGUCCCACUCAGCAUUGCACUGGUUGCCGUGCUCCCAUCCUACUGUGGAGCCCUUUUGGCCUGUGGACGCCGGUGUGGUCGUCCCCACUCGCAUUGCCCUGCUUGCCGUGCUCCCACUCUACUUCUGGAGUCCCAUCUUGCGUGGACGCGUGGUGGCCAUCCCCACUCGCCAUUGCCUGCGUGCGGCUGCCUCCAUCUACGGGUGGAGUCCCAUUUGGCCGUGGACGCCGUGUGGGCCAUCCCCACUCCGCAAUUGCCUGCGCUGCCGUGCUCCCAUCUACUGCUGGAGUGGCACUUUUGCGUCGGAAGCCGGUGUGGUGCGUCUCCCACUCAGCGCUAUGCACUGCUUGCCUUGCUCCCAUCUACUGUGGGAGUCCCUUUGUUGCCGUGGACGCCCGUGUGGUCGUCCCCACUCAGCGUUGCACUGCAUGCCUUAUCCUUCCCAUCUACUGUGGAGCCCUCUGUAUGCGUGACGCCGCGUGCCAAUCCCCACUCGCAUUGCCCUGCGUUGCCGUGCUCCCAUCUAGCAUGCUGGCAGCUCCCAUUGCGAGACGCCGUGUGGCCGUCCCACUCAGCAUUGCCCUGCCUGGCCGUGCUCCCAUCUAA